AAAGGUCAGUGUUGUGGGACUUUUAUUUUUAAGCGGGUCGGUGUGCCGGCGGGAUGGUGUAGGAAGGAAGGCGGGGUUACAGGCCGGGGAUCAGCAGUAAUGUCAGUGCUGGUGAAUAAAUGGCAGCGCGUGUUUCUCCUGCUGCAGAGAUCCAGGUGGAGGAAUCAGCGAGCGGCUCCCGCAGCGCUCAGAUCCCGCAGUACCGCAGCGCGGGCCGGGGGACAGCAGGGAAGAUGUGGUGGAUUUUACGGCAUUAUCUCAGGAAAGCCAGAGUUAAAGACAGCAGCAGCUCUGUGGGCUGACAGAACCGGGUGGAAUAAAUUUACACAUGGAGAUAUCACGAGAAGAGCGCUUCACGUCAGCUCUCCCCUCACAGAGGAAAAUGCUCUUCAGUUCAAGGAGAUAACAGAAGCUGCGUAUGAGAAGCUGGCAGAUGAAACGCUGGACGCUCUGGCCGAGUAUUUUGAGGACCUAAUGGACGAGAGCAUUACUGCAGCAGACUACGACGUUGUGUUCGCUAGUGGGGUCCUGACUGUGAAAGUGGGCGGCGGCCAUGGGACCUACGUCAUCAAUAAACAGACGCCCAACCGGCAGAUCUGGCUCUCGUCUCCCACAAGUGGCCCAAAGCGUUACGAUUGGACGGGGGAGCGCUGGGUGUACGCCCAUGACGGCAUGGCUUUGCACGACCUUCUCUCCAAAGAGUUUUCCACCAUCUUUCAGUCAAACAUGGAUCUGUCACAUCUCACCCAUUCCUGAUGAAUCUGCAGGAGGAGGAACUUUCAUAUAGAACACAGUGCUGUACCUGUACCUGUACCUGUACCUGUACCUACAGCACUAUAGCCAACACACCAGCACAGACAGCACAACUGAUGAUAUCUUCAUUUAUUAUAUAUCUUCUUUUUUUUUGUAUGUAU